AUGCCAAAGAAAGAUAAGAAGAAGGCCAAGACCUACAGUACAAUCACCACAAAAUCAGGGGAAACUUUGAAAGUCUUUGAAGAUUUGGAAGAUUUCAAUGUUUUUUUGAAAAAUGGGGCAGAAGAUGACGAAUACGAUAAUAUCCAUUGCCAAUUGAAAUAUUACCCACCUUUUGUAUUGGCAGAAUCUCAUAAUGAUCCAGAAAAGAUUAAAGAUACUGCCAAUUCGAAUUCCAAGAAAUUCGUAAGACAUUUGAAUCAGCAUGUGGAAAAACAUUUGUUGAAAGAUAUUAGAAACUCAUUGGACCUUCCAGAUUUGAAAUUCAAAGAUAAAUCAAAAGAGAAGACUAAUGAAAAUAUGAUUUGGAACUAUAGUGACGUCUCACAGUCCAAAAUAAAUCAUAAAAAAUUCAAAAUCGAUAUUAGAGUAACGGCCAACCAUUAUAAUGCAAUGGUAGAUGUAGAUUAUAAAACGGUUCCUAUUGCUGAAAUUGCUAUGGAACCUGAGAAUACUUUGAUUUGA